AUGAGAAGACCAUAAAGUGCAUAAGUUACCAAAAUCUUCAUCAAUCGACCCAAAGAUGAAAUUAUAGAAACCAGACAGCAACUUAAUUAAUUAACUGAUGAGCACAGGAAAAUUAAAACUCAAAACAUGCAACUCAAAAGAUAACUUAUGAGAUACGAGCAUAUCGACGAGAACCUAAUUAAUUCCUAAUAAUUAUUAGGACGUGCUUCUGAACAACCUAGCAUCAUCCCUACUCUAAAAUAUAAAAUAAGAGUCUAAUAAAAUGAAAUUGAUGUUUUAAGAUAACAAUUAUAGGCACAAUAAAAACAAAUGAGAGUCACAUCAAUCUAAGAAUUAUAAUAUCAAAUCCAGCAAUAUCAAGAAGAAACUGUUAAUCUUAAACAAAUGCUUGAUGAAGCAUUGAACAUUAAAAAUGAAACCUAAAAGUCUCAAUAUAUUGGCUAUUUGUCUAAAAUCCAAGAAUUGAAAUUGGAAAUCAAAUAAUAUAAUCAGCUCUGCGAAAACCAAUAAAGAGAUAUUAAACAAUUGCAAUCAUAAAUCAAAUUGUAAUCAGAUCAAUUAUAAUAAUUAAAUGCCGAUAAAAAAAAAUAUGAAAAUCAACAAAAAGAACCCUAAAUAUAAAAACAACAGCAAAUGGAAAACUCCAACAUAUUCUCUAAAUCAGUUGUAAUCAAAGACCCAAAAAAAAGAGAUGAAACUCCUGAAUAAUACUCUGGAAAUGAAAACACUCUAUUAUCCUAAUUACAAGAAAAAGAGAGAAAAAUCCGAGAUCUUGAAGAGAACCUAACUAGUCUCAAUAAAACUCACAAUGCAAAAAUUAAUCAAUAAUUACAGUACAUUGAAUAAUAGAAUGCCCAAUUAGGAAUGAAAUAGAAUAUCAUCUAAAAUUUAGAAUAAGAAGUCAAUAAAUUGGAACUCCAAAUUAAAGACAUCAGACUUAAGACCUAAUAAAUGCUGUAAAACAAGGUUUGUGAGGAAAAAGGCACCUAAAUUCCACAUAAAUCCAAAUGGACUACCGAAGAAAUUAAGGCCACCCUAAGAUUUAGAUUAAAGAGAUCCAUGAUUGAAUAGAAAGACGUAUCGGAAUUCUUACUAAAAAAAGGGGAUUAAAGAUUCUUCUCCAUUUAAUCACGAUUCUAAAAAUUCCCAUUCAAUUUGAAUGCCGAACAAUCUUACCACAUUACUAUGUUUCUGUUAACUGAGGAAUCCCCAUUUGGUUAGAGUACCUUGGAAAAAGACCUACCACAAUCAGUACUCAAAUCCAGGAUAUCUCACCUAUUACCUUAAUAUGAAUUAAUGACUAUUGAAGAAGAAGGAUAGUUAUUUUCAUGCAUCUCAAGAAAGCUUGUCAAUAAGUUGAAUCUAUUACAAGAUUCUGUCAAAUAGAUUAAAAAAAUUGAAAAAUCCAAUAUUAAAGAUGGGUUUUGUCUACCAAAAUAAUUAUUAGAAGCAUUUACUUAUAUUUUAGAUAACUCCCUCUCUGAAAAGGAAGUUGAAUACUUAUAUUAACUAAAUUUUGAAAUCACUAAAUCCCCUAUUCUGAUUAAUAUUUCAAGAAUUGUCCAACUAUUCUAAAUGAAGCCAAAAUCUGGAAUUAGCAAAAUCUGUAAGAUUAUUCUUUAUAUAUUUUAAAGAGAAAGAAUUAUCGUUGUUUCCAUCUACUUUGUUAUUUUCCUACAAUAAAGAAGCGAUAGUGAAACCAAAAAGACCAUCGAUGCUACUUAAUUAGAAUGUCUCGCCUAAACAAAGUGUAUAAGGGUAGCAAAGGAUAUUAAAAUUAAAUCAAGCCUUUUCAGCGGUUGA